ACGUCUCAUGACAUAUAUAACCAAGCACACAACAUUCAUCACUUCACUGUUUGUUGAUCCACGUCAAGAUGUCUCUGAAGAUUACCCUCAUCAUGGUCAUUCUGGUCAGCAUGCUGUCCAUUACAGAUUCCCUUAAGUGUUACACUUGUGAUGCUGGGAGCCAAUGUACUGAGACCUGUACUCCACCAGCUGAUCGCUGUUUGAAAAUGAAUAUCGCAGGUAUGAUCACUAAAUCCUGCACCACAAAAGCUUUGUGCGAUGUCAAAACACCUAAUACAUGGUGCUGUGAGGGGGAUUUGUGUAACGGUGCUGGAACCAUUGGGAAGAGCUUCCUGCUUCUGCUGGUGCCGUUGGCCUCCAUCUUCCUGCUCUCCUGAGCUGUCAGCGGCUGCAUCCUCCAUCCUCCUCACCUCUGGCCCCCAUGCACUGCUGAUCAGUCAUUUCCCAUCUAUAACCAGGGUUAAUACAUCGACUUUGCAACAUUUCUUUGGCUAUGGAGGUUCAUUGAUUUUGCAAUCUAUGCGUGGAAAUGCAUUUUUUUUUCUCUUCAUUCUUCUUUACGAUUAAAGCAUGAUUCUGAUUUAUUGGGUUACUGGGAACUGUGGAUUACAUGUGGUUAACACAUGGUUUCAUUUUUUUUCUUUUUUUUUUAAACUUGCAUUAAACAAUCUAAUUUCUGAAGUGAUGUACUGUAUAAAUGGUCAGUAUAUGUCCUGUUUGGUUUUGAAUUGGCCUGUUUGAUGUUGAAGUAAAGAAGCGCGCUCAACACCUUAGUGCUUCAACUGGGUGCUUAAAACUUACUUGAUACUAAAUCAAAAACUUUGAAAAUAAAUAAAGCAAGCACUCAACAGUUUCUUUUUACUUUUUUAAUCGCCUCACAGAUGUUUCGGGUUGAUACCCUUCUUCAGUGUGAGAUAUGCCAUUUUAUGCCUUUUGUUCAGAAUGCUCUUGUAUUUCAUGGAUAUUUUGUUCACUGUAAGCAAUACAAAACUUUUUUCAGUUC